AUGGUGCUAUUAAAAGCUACUCCGUGCAUUAUCUCCGCCAUUGAAGCUCUCCCUCUAGCAACACGCGAGGCGCUCUCGCUUUCGGAAACCCCUGACUUACAGGCUCCUAUAUCUCAUAGCCAGCUUAUAUCCCUUGCCCGAAGCUUCUCCCGUCGGCAAUCCAGGUCAGGAGGCGCGGAUGGAGAAGAUGAAGCUCAGGCAACGGCUGAUGCGCUGGUGGAAGGCAGCAAGUAUACAUUGAACAACCUCCUCCGUGGAACAGAGCUCUACAUCCCUCCUCCACCACCGAAGCCUGCGCCGAGCCCAGAAUACCUUGCCCUCAAAGCCAAGUUACAGGCAGAAGCAGAACAAAACAAAUAUAAUAGUCUCCUCCAUCCUCUUUCUUUAUCCGAAUCCAAACGCCAAGCGUCUCCCAUAUUUGCAUCGCCUUCAGACAGAGUACACGGCGGUGCCAAACAGUCCGUUUUUAUGGACGGGCAAGAAUCCGAUCCAAUCACUCCUUCCCUGGUCCUAAACAUCCUCGUCUCUAUACUCUUCACCGGAUUCGCAACAUACUGGGGUCUGUCAAAUUUCCGAAUACCAAAAGUGUCUACUUUGUUACCUUGGUCCACGUUGCCUAGCUAUGUAGCUAGUGAUCCCCAUACCCAUUACUACUAUCCCCACGCGCCCUCUUCGCAACCAUUCCGAGUGUUUGUUUCUCUCUUCGCUGGAAUCUUGGUUGGGGUUGCGGAAGUGGUUGUUUAUGCCUCUUAUUUGCGAAAGGUGGAGAACGCAAAGAGUAAAGAAAAGGCGAAGGUAGAGAAGAAGGUGCUUAUUGGGUUGGUUGAGGACCUCCCAGGUGAUAAGAAACAUGAGCCCGCAAAGGUACCGGUGUCAUUCAAAGAUAGUGAGAGGGAAGAGAUCUGGGGCAAAGGUAUCAAUGGCGGAGCUCGAAGGCGAAUCCGCGAAAAAUGGGCUGAGAAGGAAAAUGAACUGGGAAAUGAAUAA